CGUAAAAUGUGGACAAUUGUGUUGCGAAACGGGCGCUACUUUUGCUCACAGAUCGGCAUUUUGAUCACUAAACUGUCGCCAACGGUGCAAAUGGUGUCCAUUUUGAUGAUACUGUUAUAUUUGAUCCAAUUGUCGGGCGAUUCUGUGGUCGAUUGGCUCAUACUAUCGCCCGACUCCGUGUUGAGUGUCGGCCAAUGGUAUCGCGUAUUGCUCUCACUCUUCACCCAUCCGUUCAUUGAAUUACACUUUUAUAUGAUUAUCAUUGAUAUGAUAUCGCUAUCCCUUUUGGCCACUCUUAUAGAACCCCUUUGGGGACCAAAAGAGGUGAUCCUAUUCUUCUGGUUGGUAGCGAUCGCGUCGGCGUUCCUCUCAUGCCUUCACUAUAUCCUGAUCUACGCGAUCACAACCGACGCGUCCCAACUGUUCGCCACCCGAAUCCACGGUCUGUCGCCGUUUUGCGCCUCAAUGGCCGUUACGGUGAAGCAAAUGCUGUCGCAAUCGGUUCUCUUGCAGACAGCGAUUGGCAAACUGAAGAACGAUGACAUACCGUUGCUGUCGCUGGUGGUGGCGCUCGUGUUGUACGCGCUGAACCUCAUUGAAGGGGAACCGGUGGUGAUGUUCUUCUACGGUCUGAUCGUGUCGUGGAUUUAUCUCCGAUUCAUACAACCGCACGAACACCAGCGCCGGUCGCCCACCGCCUCCAUCCGCACCCAAACUCGGGGCGACUUUUCCGACGCUUUCGCGUUCCACACGUUCUUCCCGAACGUCUUGCGCCCGAUUGUGGCCGUCUUUGCCGACGCCCUCUACGGUGUGUUCGUACGGCUGGGCGUGUGUCCGGACGCCAGCGCCGGCGAUCAGUACCAGACGUACCGAUUGCUCAGCGAACGGCUCACCAGCGAUGUGUCCAAUAAUCACACGCCCAGAGUCGAGACACUUUGA